AUGGCAAAGUUCAUCACGAUCUCCAUGUUGCUGUCUCAUACUUCCGGACUCGAAACCAGCAGUACUCAAGGCUUUCCCGGUUACGAUGUUAGCCGCAAUGCGAAUGGUCAUUUUCGCGCUGCUUUGCCAGAUUUGGCGGAAGCGUUAGAGGGGAAUUGGCCGAGUAAUACUUUGCCUAUCCGAUUGAAAGAUUGGCCCAGCCAUGCUUUCAAUUACUCUGGGGGUGGUUAUGGUAUCCUUCAGCUCAUUAUCGAAGCAGUGACAAGACAGUCUUUCGCCGAAGCUGUGCAAGAGUACGUCUUCCUGCCACUAGGCAUGCAGCGAUCGACGUUCGCCAUUCCUGAAGAUGAAGAUUUGAACACUGAGAAGCAGCUGGGAAAGGGCAAUUAUGCAAGGGCUUACUACAACGGCUACACUGCUUGCGAAGCUGCUCACCGCGUGAACCCAGAGCAAUCGGCCGCGGGCUUGUGGACCACACCCUCUGAUCUCCUAAUCUUAGCUGCUGCAGUCCAGAAGUCCUUGCAUGACAAGGACGGAUUCAUACCGACAGAGCUUGCGAAGCAGAUGCUUGAGGAAGUGCAGGCGGGUAUGGCUCAUGGUUGGCGUGUCACUGAUACUCACUUCAGCCACAGUGGUAGCAAUAUGCCUGGCUGGAGGUGCAGUCUUUUGGCCAGUUUGGACGGCAAAGAAGCAAUAUCUUUCAUGACAAACUCGGCCGAGGGGUAUAUGAUUGGGUGCCAAGUCCAAGCUGCCUUGUUCCAUCUACUCGGUUGGAGUAAGCCGAUGAUAAAGACCCGCGUUGUUCCUUUUGCCGAUGUUUCUGCUACUCUUCCUGAGACAGAAAUUCUUCGGAGAUGGACCGGAACGUGGAAAGAGCAAGGCAAACAAUUCCGAAUUGAUUUCGUUGUCGGGGAAGAAGUGCCAUGGUUGAAGUUUGGGCAGAUGCCAAGGCAAAGGUUAUGGGUUGCUGCUCAUGGAAAAGAGGAAGCCCAGGAUGGACACAAAGUUGUUGCAGAUCUGGUUUGUAAAGGUGGCAUUGAGAUUCUGGUGAGAAUAAUGGAGGAUAAAGAGGUCGGACUAUUGAUGGAGAUGUGGAAUGGAGCUACAGGCGAGGCAGUGGCGAUGGAGAGAGUGCUAUAG